GCCUCUUGCCAGUCAGCAAGCGCCCUCCGGAGCUGCCGUGUCUCGCCAGAGCCCCCUGCUGUACCCACGUUUAGCCAUCCAAGAUGCCUCACCAAUACCCAGCCUUGACUCCAGAGCAGAAGAAGGAGCUGUCAGAAAAUGCUCUCCGCAUUGUGGCAGCCGGCAAAGGCAUCCUAGCAGCUGAUGAAUCUACUGGCAGCAUUGCCAAACGCCUGCAGUCCAUUGGCACCGAAAACACAGAAGAAAACCGCCGCUUCUAUAGGCAACUGCUCUUCACCGCAGAUGCCCGCAUCAACCCUUGCAUCGGUGGUGUGAUCCUCUUCCAUGAGACCAUGUACCAAAAAGCUGAUGAUGGGCAUCUCUUCACAAAGGUCAUUAAGGACAAAGGUGCCCUGGUUGGCAUCAAGGUUGACAAAGGUGUUGUGCCUCUUGCUGGGACUAAUGGAGAGACCACCACCCAGGGUCUGGAUGGCUUGUCUGAACGCUGUGCCCAGUACAAGAAGGAUGGUGCUGACUUUGCCAAGUGGCGCUGUGUCUUGAAGAUCACUCCCACCACCCCUUCCUACCUGGCCAUCAUUGAGAAUGCCAAUGUGCUUGCUCGUUAUGCCAGCAUCUGCCAGCAGAAUGGAAUUGUUCCUAUUGUGGAACCAGAAAUCCUUCCUGAUGGUGACCAUGACCUCAAACGCUGCCAGUAUGUGACAGAGAAGGUUCUGGCUGCUGUGUACAAGGCCUUAAGUGACCAUCAUAUCUACCUGGAGGGGGCCCUGCUCAAACCAAACAUGGUGACCCCCGGCCAUGCCUGUACUACCAAAUACGCGCCUGAAGAAAUUGCUUUUGCCACCGUGACUGCCCUGCGCCGCACCGUCCCUCCAGCACUGCCUGGCAUCACUUUCCUGUCUGGAGGUCAGAGUGAGGAAGAGGCUUCCAUCAAUUUGAAUGCCAUCAAUAAGUGCCCUCUGCACAAGCCAUGGGUCUUGACCUUCUCUUAUGGCCGUGCCCUCCAAGCUUCGGCCCUCAAGGCCUGGAGCGGCAAGAAAGAAAACUUGAAGAACGCCCAGGAGGAAUACGUCAAGCGUGCUUUGGCCAACAGCCUUGCCUGCCAAGGUAAAUACGUUUCAUCUGGCCAAAUGGGAGCAGUUGCCAGCGAGUCUCUCUUCGUUUCCAACCAUGCUUAUUAAAAACCAGAGGCUUGGUUACAUUGUUUGCUCUCUUGUUGCUAUAUUGUUCCUGGGCUACUGUGAUGUCUGCUGACUGUUUUCCCCUGUCCCCCUCCUCCCCUCACCUGUCCCUUUUGCCAGCUUUCCUUGUAAGAGAAAGGUGUAAAUCUUUGUCUUGCUGUGAAAAACCUAGAAGUUCUGGCUUACUCCUCUCACACAUCCCCAUUUUUGUAUGUGAAAUCCAGCUUCUGGUGAACGACACUCCCAGUCUGCGGCCAAAACAUCAAAAUGUCUCCGUAGCAGGGACGUCUGACUCGCAGACCUUGAAAUAAAAAUCUAUUU